UCCAAAACCGCGACAUGGCGAGUCGUUGCCCGUAAGCCACAAGCCCCCGUCGCUCCUGCUCGGCGUCGCGCCACCGUCGCGCCUUGCCGAGUCGCCGACCGCCGGGGACGCCGGGCCGCCGGCGCGGGGGAGAAGGAGAUGGGAGUUCACGGGCUGUGGGAGCUGCUGGCCCCGGUGGGGCGGCGCGUGUCGGUGGAGACCCUGGCAGGGAAGCGGGUGGCGGUGGACGCGAGCAUCUGGAUGGUGCAGUUCAUGCGGGCGAUGCGGGAUGACAGCGGCGAGAUGAUCCGCGACGCGCACCUCCUCGGGUUCCUCCGCCGCAUCUGCAAGCUGCUCUUCCUCCGCGUUCGCCCCGUCUUCGUCUUCGACGGCGCCACGCCGCUGCUCAAGCGCCGCACGCUCGCCGCACGCCGCAGGCACCGCGACGCCGCGCAGGCCAAGGUCCGCAAGACUGCCGAGAAGCUCCUGCUGUCCCACCUCAAAGCGAGGAAGCUUGAAGAAUUGGCAGAACAAAUUAGGAGUGACAGGGCCAAACAUGAUGCCAAGGGCAAGCAAAUUGAGAACAGUAGAGUUGGAGAAACUGAGAAAAUAAAUGAAGAUCAAAACCAAAAUGGUGAUGGCAGCAACAGUGGAGGAACUGUUGCACCAGUCAACCAGGAGAAAGUGGAUGAAAUGCUGGCCGCAUCACUUGCUGCAGAGGAAGAGGCAGAUUUCACUGACGAAGGGAAACACCAUUCUACAAGUGUCUUGUUGCAAGGAGCUGAAAUUGAUGAGGAUGAAGAUGAUGACGAAGAGAUGAUAUUUCCUAUGACAACUGGGGACAUUGAUCCUGCAGUAUUGGCUUCGCUUCCUCCAUCGAUGCAAUUGGAUCUUCUUGUUCAGAUGAGAGAGAGAGUAAUGGCUGAGAACAGGCAGAAGUACCAGAAAAUAAAAAAGGAACCUGCAAAAUUUUCAGAGCUUCAAAUACAGUCCUAUCUCAAAACAGUUGCUUUCCGUCGAGAGAUAGAUCAAGUUCAGAAGUGUGCAAACGGUAAGGGUCUUGGGGGUGUCCAGACAUCAAAAAUAGCAUCAGAGGCUAACAGAGAGUUCAUUUUCUCGUCAUCAUUCACUGGUGAUAAACAGAUGCUGGCGCAAAGAGGUGAAAAGGAGCAGAUUGUUGAUAUUGUCAAAUCAAAAAAGGAAAUUAAUUCUGCUGUUGUCAGGUCCAACCCCACAAGUAGUUCUAGAACAACAAAGCCUCCUAACAGCAAGCCUUUGAGGGAUUUUGGGCCUGAUGUCGAGACAUAUCGUGAUGAGAGAGGACGAAUUAGAGUAAGUAGGGUCAGAGCAAUGGGAAUUCGUAUGACUCGUGACAUUCAAAGGAAUUUAGAUUUUAUUAAAGAGAAUGAGCAGGUCAAAAGUAGGGAACAGACCGAUGUACACAAAGGAUCAGCAGGCAAUGAAGAGCCUUCAGAUUUCCCGGAACAUCUUUUUGCAAGUAACGAGCUCCGGAGUUCUCUUAGUCUUGAUGAAGAUUUUACUGACGUUGCCAGCGACAACCAUCAGACGUCAUCACUAAUAGGAGGAUCAGAUAACGUUUCCAAGAGUUCCUGUCAUGGAAACAAGGAAACAAUGGAGAUAUCUUUCACGGAUGACCAGACUGAAGUGAAGGACAACGAUGAGGAAAUAUUUUUGCAUUUAGUCUCUGGAACAGCAUCUAAAUUAUUUGCUGAAGACGACUGCUUGGCUGAAAAGACGGAAGAAUAUGAAGAUUCCGAGUGUAUUUGGGAGGAAGGUGUAAUUGAAGGAGAAACAAUUCCUAUGAAAGUUGAUGAGAAGGAUCAUAAGUCAUCUCUGCCAGAGAAUUGCAGCGAUGAUGAGGUGGAAUGGGAGGAAGGAGAUUGCUUUAUACCUGGAGUUCCUUCCAGUAGUGAACAUAAUCCAUGUAAUGUACCGAAAGGGGAUCUGGAAGAAGAAGCGCUUGUACAGGAAGCAAUAAAGAGGAGUUUAGAGGAUUUCGAGAAGCAGGCUUCUGAAAAUGUGAGCACCGAAGAUUUGCAAGCAUCUGUUGAGGAUAGAUCUUUGCAAUCCGCUGAUGAUGUUCCUAAAACACCUGAAGCUGCUGGCAAAACUGAUUCACAUACCGAAUCAACUCUCGUGAAAGAGACAAACGAAGAAACAAGAACAGAAAUUAAUUCUGAUGAGAAUGAUGUGAUGCAUGGUACUGGACUGCUUGGAGCUGAUAGACAAGAAAUUGAAAACCGAGCUCAACUGGUGAAUAAUGAUGGGCACAUGCACAGAGCUCAUUCGUUGGAGUCCCUUCUUCUAUGUUCUAUAUCCACUAGUAAUCUGGCUGAAAAACCAUCUGACAGCUCAAAAGCUAACGGUAGCAAUGUGAUGGUAUUUACAUCCACAAUUCCUGAAAUGCCUUUAGGUGAUGGUGAUAACAACAAAAAGCAAAACAGUAUGAAGUCUGAUAAAUCAAAAUGCAGCAAAGAUGUUGCUUAUAUUGGAGAAACCUCGAAGUCACCCCAAAAGGAUCUUUUGAUUGAUGAACCAACUGGCACUGCUGUACGGAAAGAAAAUGCUACCCAGGGAGAUAUGAAAUUUUCCACUUCUGAGAUAAAUUAUGCACAAGUUGGUGACUAUGAUGACAACCAUAGCAUAUCAGCAACUUAUCUUGAUGAGGAAUUAUCUGUUCUCAGACAAGAACAGAUAAAUCUUGGAAAUGAAAGGCGAAAGCUUGAAAGUCAUGCAGAGUCUGUAAGCAGUGAGAUGUUUGCUGAAUGCCAGGAGUUGCUCCAAAUGUUUGGCUUGCCAUAUAUAAUUGCACCGAUGGAAGCUGAAGCUCAAUGUGCAUACAUGGAAAUGACUAACCUCGUUGAUGGAGUCGUUACUGAUGAUUCAGAUGUCUUUCUGUUUGGAGCAAGGAAUGUUUACAAGAACAUAUUUGAUGAUAGGAAGUAUGUGGAAACAUAUUUUAUGAAGGACAUUGAGUCUGAGCUUGGGCUAACAAGACAACAAUUAAUUCGUAUGGCUCUGCUUCUUGGGAGUGACUACACUGAAGGAGUUAGUGGUAUUGGCAUUGUGAAUGCUAUUGAGGUUGCACAUGCAUUUCCUGAGGAAGAUGGACUUCAGAAGUUUAAAGAAUGGAUUGAAUCACCGGAUCCAUCAAUAUUGGGAAAACUGCAUAUGGAAAGUGGUAGUAGAUCGAAGAAAAGGAAACCUGGUGGAAAUGAUUCAGAUGGAAAGGGAAAAUGCCUGGAACCUGAAUUCCUCCAAGGUUCUGAUGAUAAACAAUCUUCUAACGAAACUGAACACAUCAAGGAAAUAUUUAUGAGUAAGCAUAGGAACGUGAGCAAGAACUGGCAUAUUCCUUCAGCUUUUCCUAGUGAGUCAGUCAUAAGCGCAUACAUUUCUCCUCAAGUUGACAAUUCGACAGAACCUUUUUCAUGGGGAAGGCCAGAUUUAGGCCUACUGCGCAAGCUAUGUUGGGAAAGGUUUGGGUGGGGCAAGGAGAAAGCUGAUGAACUGUUUCUUCCUGUUUUGAGAGAGUAUAAUAAGCACGAGACUCAGUUGCGCAUGGAGGCAUUUUAUUCAUUCAACGAGAGAUUUGCAAAAAUUCGUAGCCAAAGGAUUAAAAAAGCUAUCAAGGGUAUUACAGGGAAAAGCUUUCCUGACACAGAUGAACCUGAGCAGGAUAAUCCCAGUACUAGCAAGACCACCAAGAAGAAAGCGGGAAGCUCCUCUUGCCGUGGUAGAGGUAGAGGAAAAGGGAACAACAAUGCUGGAUUCAUGAAUAUGGAAAGUCAAGAAAAUAACGAAAUUGGCGAUCCUAAUAGAUUUGCAGAUACAGUUGAGCUUACUAAAGAAAAUAUCAAUAUCAGUAAGAGAAAAAAAAGGAGCCCCUCUGGUCGGUCCAAAGGAAGAGGACACAGCAGGACGAAUGCUGGACAUGAGACAGCAGGAAGUCAGGAGGAUUCCGACAUGAAAUGUUCUACUUCAGCUUCAGAUGAAGAUUCACAUGAAAGGCAUACCAACAAUUAUAAAUCAGAAGGAAUGGCACUACGAAGGUCAAGUAGGAAGCGGAAACAGGUAACAUACGUGGAAGAUGGUCAUGUAGCAGAUGACAAUGAUGUUCCCGUUCUGAUGAACGAUGAAAAUGACCCAAGCCAAGCUGCUGCAGACACGGACAUGGCUGGACAAGACACACAAUCUAAUCUGGUACAUCAGGACACGAGUCAAAUAAACAGCAAUCAGACGCAUACGGAUCCAGGCACUGCCGAAUAUAUCAAUGAAGAUUCCCAGGGUUUUGAAUUACGUGAGGACAAUCAGACGGAUUCUGCACCGGAAGACUACCUCUUCAGUGGAGGUGGUUUCUGUAUGGAGGACGGUGACGAACAAGAACCAGCAGGUGAUCCAUCUGGUACAGAAAUGGGGCAUGGAACAAGUGAUGCCUGUGAGGAUACCGAUGGAGUUUCAGACAGCGGUAGAAGCACGAACUUGUCGACGGCUGGAGAGUGUACAGAGAACGCAAGUAUGGAGACCCGAGGCGCAUCUUCAUCUCAGCAGAGACGUGAAGCCAGCCGUGGUUUAAGUGCCAUGCCUACGCUUACGAAGCGCAGGAGAAAAUCAUGACAUGUUCUCAAUGUGUGUGUGACGCCUUGCGCGCCGCUAUGGCCUGUUUAUUUCAAGCGCGUGUGGUUCACAUUUUGUGUUUGGCCUCCAUGUAUUUCACCCAGCUGCUACACUGCUUGUGUAGAGCAGUUUAUAGACGCUAAAAUGCAAGUUCUGA